AAAAAGAAAAAAAGAGUUCCGUUUUUCUGGCUCACUUCUUCUCUGCGAAGAAUCUACAGAGACAGAGAGGAGGAUGGCAAUGGCGUCGAACCUACCUGCAUAUCAGAAGUCGCGGGGACUCCAAAUCUUCUGCAGAAAGAAAGAUCGAGAAAGGGACCACCAUCCCUAUAAAGUCAUCGAAAUUACUCCUCCUCCCAAGAACCUCGGCAUUCGCUGCUUCCCCUCUAAUUUGCAAUGUGGGGAGAGCGUGACCAUUGAAGGUCAAGCUUAUACCAUCUCAGCUGUCACUCAUCGAUACCAACUCCGGAAGGGCAAGUAUGAACCUAGCGAGAAGAGGCUUGAUGUUCUGUCUACUGGGAGAUACAUCUUGAACUUAUACCUUGAAAAUUUACUACAACAAUCUUGACAACAUCUACUUGAAUAAAUUUAAGUGUAGUUAACCAAUCUCAGCAUGUGAUACUCUCAUUUUCAUUUAAUUUUUAUUUUUAUUUUUAAUCAUAUUUAUGUCAAAUCAUUAAGCUAUAAGGGCUUGUUGGUAUUACUAAAUAUAGAGGGAGGGGAGAGGAGAGGACUUGCUUGAUAAAUUGUAUAUUAAUUAAUGCUUUAGUCAUAAUUGUGCUCACCAUUACUAGAUCCAGAAAGAGCCCUGUUUGUUGAAUUUUCUAUUAAAGCUUUAGUCAUAUGUAGGAAAUCAACAAUGAAUCCUUUGAGUUGGCUCUGUCGCUGCUGGUAUAUAUAUUUAUAUAAUCAUGGUGAUCGGCUCUCGCCGUAUGGCAUGGCAUGGCAUCUUUGCUUC